UCUGUUAUCAAUUGAAAUAUCAUAGAAAAAAUUGAGAGGCAAUGACACUGAAGAUAGUUGCAGACGCUUUCAAGGAAUUGGCGGUCAUCGUGAGUUCACCGAGUCCGGACGUGUCUGUUAAGCAGUUCGCUAACGCUUGUUCUCUCUUCUCGAACCUAUUUGGUGUCCUUGAAAUAGCCUUCAAGUUUGUCAAGACAGACUACGUUGCCAAGGUUAAUGAUCUUGCCAAGGCAUCGAGCUCAAUAUCGACAUUAGAGGUAAUGGUUGACGAAGAUAUCAAGGCAGGCCGCGCAAAAAAACCUGGUAGUCAUACAAGAAACCUUUUAAAAACAAAGCGUGGUCUUGAAAUGAUCAGGGUUCUAUUCGAAGAGAUAAUAGCAACCAACGCUAAUAGCUCCCUAAAGGAUGCAGCGUACAAGGCUUACAAUAAAGUGUUAGCUAAGCACCAUGGGCUUGCUCUUCAGGAAUCUGCUGAGACAGGAAUGGAAUCUCUCCCCUCAAGGGAACUGCUACUGUGCAUGAUCAAUGAAACAGAGGAGUCGGCUAAGAUACAUAUGCAAAGCUAUGUUACUGCAUCGAUACCAGUAACUGCAUAUGUUGAUCAACUCUUAUGCUCCAAGAACCUUGGUAUUGAUUGGUGAAAACCCUUAAAAUUUACGCCUUGGCCAAUUUCCCAUUAUUUUCACUCUUUAACAGACUAUGUUUCUAUCAAUCCAUGUAAUAACAUUGCACCGUCCAAAAACUGGAUUAUUUCAUGAACCGCUUUGGUAAAUUCAAAAGUAUUUAAAUAAAUUAAAUCAUCAUUUAAGCGCA